AAAACAGAAAGAAAUGUGAAGGUAAACGAGAACUCAAUCAAAAGCUAACCACUUUUUUUUUUAAAUCUUAUUUUCAGUUUUCUCGGAACUUUUCUAGUUUCUUGCUUUUUUUUUCUCGGGAAACAAACGCAAAGAUCCAGUAAAGUGGAGAUGGAGAUUUCUUCAUCAAAAGAACAUCAUCAUUUUGAUCAAUUAUCAAACUUAUGAAUUUGAAGUGAUCUUUUGAAUACACAUACAUAUACCAGAAGACACUGUUUUAAUUUUGGAGCUUUGACAUGGAGAAAAUCUGUGAAUUCUGCACAACGUCAAGACCAGUUGUUUAUUGCAAAUCGGAUGCAGCACAUCUGUGCCUUUCCUGCGAUGCAAGGGUCCAUUCGGCCAACGCACUUUCGAACCGGCAUCUUCGUACCCUUCUAUGUGACUCGUGCCGAUGCCGCCCAUCACAUGUUUGUUGUUUCGAUCACCAGAUGUUCUUGUGCCGUGGUUGUGACCAAAGCAUCCAUGAUGCUUCUUCCAGGCACCACCAGAGACGUGCAGUUAGUAGCUAUUUGGGGUGCCCUUCGGCUAAGGAUUUUGCAGCAUUGUGGGGCUUCGAAAUUAAUGAAUUGGAUAACAGUGCUCUUCAAGACCAGUUCCUAUCCAGUUCACGUGUUUCUAUGAAUGCCAGUGUGGUCCAACCGGGGAAUUUAAGACAGUUUUGUUUCCCAAUUGGAGCCUCGUCGAGUAAAUCCGAUGUGACUUCUCUUGCUGCCACAGUACGCAAUUCCGGAUCAAACAGUAAAAAAAUCAAGGUUGUUAAGAAAGUAAAGCAGAUGAAAAACACUUCAUUGAUUCUGCAACAGAUUCUUGACCUGGAAAAGCUUAAGCUCACUGACGGAGACAGUCGGUUAUCUUUUAAUGGUGGUCUAGAGCAACCUGACACAUCUUCAAUAUUCACCUCUUCAAAAAAUGUUGAUAGCAAUCUAGUCCAAGAUAUCGGUACUGAUAUCCACCGAAGUAACAAUCCACUCGAGGAGCUGAAUACGGAUUUGGACAACUUAUUGUCAUCUUCAACUUCCAGUGUGCCUUUUUACGGAGAAUCUAUUUGGCUAUGUAAAAGUCCGAUCCGUAAUAAUCAGCUAUGGUCUCAAAAUAUGCAAGAUCUUGGUGUUUGUGAAGACACAUUUUGCCAAGAUGAUUUUAACAUGCCUGAUAUUGAUUUAUCUUUCCGCAACUUUGAGGACCUCUUUGGUGUUGAUCGAGACCAAACCAGGGGAUCGCUUGCUAAUAAAGAUGUUCCAAGCUCAUCUAUGAAGGAGAUGACCAUCAACAACUCGGAUAAUGUUAAUGCAAUGUCUAUUGAGGGAAUCAACACUUCUGAUUGCACAACUCAACCAUCUUAUUCCGCAACAUCGACUGUUUCAAGGUUCAGUGCUGAUACCAGCUCUCCUGACUUUCUUGAUAAUGGAGUUUCACCUAUCACAGAUGGGGAAGCUUCAUGCAUUUCAACUGACUUAGAUAACUUUCAUUCAGAAGCCAGAGAAAAUGCCAUGAUGAGGUACAAAGAGAAGAAGAAAGCUCGACUGCAUGAAAGACAAAUGAAUUGUGCAUCCCGGAAAGGUAAAGCUGAUGCAGAGAAGAGUGUAAAAGGGCGAAUUCUGACGACCGAGGACUAUGAUUCUGAUCAUCCAAAUGUGACAAAGAGCUAUUAAUUCCACUGUAUAUAUGUAUGUAUUAUAUAUUAUCAGUUCCAGAUCCUGUAAGUACCACUUGCUACUCAAUCUUCUAUUUAAAACUCAACCAAUUCUUUCACCUC